AUGUCUCAACAAAAACCUCCCCAUGAUUAUACUCCCAGUUUAAAGGGAGAAUAUAAUAAGCCUGGAGGAAUAACUUAUGUGGCUACCCAGACACUCGGUGCCGUCCAAACUUCAAUGAACGAUAUGAAGGAUGAACUAAAGGAAAGCAUUAGAUUAGUUAAUACGUUGCUAUCAAACGCAAAUGCUCCCGCGGAUAAAAUGGUACCUCUGAUCGAUGAGUAUAAAGUUCCCAUUGUGGAUCCAAGAGAAUUAACUGAACCAUACUCUUCUACCGAUAACGUUCGAGGAAAUAAUAAUACUGUCCAUAAAAAAAUUUACCGUGGAAUAGAGGUUGCGUGUAAAAAAUUUCAUUUGGCUAAAAAGACUGACGGAUCGGCAGGAAAUCUCGCUUGGGAUAAUGAACCUUCAGCACGUCCUUCGGACAUGGAAAUGCAACAGAAACUUAAAGAACUUUAUCAAGAGCAUGUUUUUAAUAAAGGAAUUUCUCCUCAUAUACAGCCUAAAAAAGUUGAUUCUAGUGACGUCCCAAAUUUAGAGCUUUCAAGAAAUUUCCAAGAAAAAUAUAUGACUAUGGCAGCAAAUUCAGAAAAUUCUACUGCACUUUUUAACUUGGGAGAUAUUUACUGGAAUGGAAAGCUUGGGGUUGAAAUUGAUAAAGUAAAAGCUGAGUCAUAUAUUAAAUUGGCAGCUUUGAAAAAUCAGCCUAAAGCUAUUCAAUUUUUGGAAAAAAUUAAGGCAGAAAAGGCUAAAAAAUAA